AAAGAUUAGGUGAAAGAUGAUAGUUUCAUUUUCUUGCUGUAAUCUGUUGCUGUCUCGUUCAGUCGGGGAGAAUAACGCCGAAUAUAUGGCCACUCUGUCUGCGCAUUAAUAAAUAGUGCGCACGUCACAAAAAAAACAACACAAUUGCGGCUAAAAUUUUGCUAAUUUUCAGGCGUCUUACGCACCUGAGCACACCAACAUUUGCCCAGCAGCAGCGAAAAGUGUCGACCAGUGAAGCCAUGCACAGCUGCGUCCUGCUGCCAGAUGCGGCCAGCUAUCAUCCAGAUACCCUGGACCUCAAUACAGACGCCAAAGCGGCCGCCUACUGGUUUCCUUGCUUUCGCGAUAUGGUUAUCAAAUUUGCCAAGCAAGCGGCCAAAUCGCAGGCGGAGGAUGCGACGGCCGAGGAGCGAGCGGAGCAGUUCAAGACAGCCUAUCUCCAGCAAUUGGACGACUAUCAAAGCAAUAUAGCCAACAACAGUGGCAGAGUGAUCCUGGGCACCAGCGAGCUGCUCAAGCUGAACGAAACGAUGCUGAGGCGCUUUGGCUUCACGGAUCCGUGGCAAAGUCAAAAGCAGUCGGAGAAUGCCUCGGCGAAGGCGCGCCUCAAGCUGCGGCUAGAGGAGAUUGAUGCUAUUCAGAAUCCAGAUGACAAAUGGACGGAGCUCGUGCGGGGAGUCCUUGCGGGCAACAUGUUCGACUGGGGCGCCCAGGCCAUAUCCAACAUACUGGAACAGGACAGCAGCUUUGGCCUCCACUCGGCUCUGGACAGGAUAGAGAAGCGGCCCUGGCUGCUGGAUAAUCUAGACAAUUGGCUGAAGCGCCUGCGAAUCAGCAGCGACCAGCAGCCGCACAAGUGCGCUGUGGUAUUUGUGGAUAAUAGCGGCGUGGAUGUGGUGCUCGGCAUACUGCCCUUCGUCCGGGAGCUGCUGAGGCGUGGAACCAAGGUGCUGCUGUGCGCCAACAGUGAACCCUCGUUGAACGAUGUGACCAGUCGGGAACUGAGCGCGCUGCUCGAUGAGUGUGCCGGCGAGUGUGCUCUCCUAUCGUCGGCCUGGUCCUCUGCCCGCCUGCUUGUCUAUGCCAAUGGACAGUCGGGACCCUGCUUGGAUAUGCGAACCCUUCCGCGGGAUCUGUGCGACGCCAUAGCUGCCAAUGAGACUGAUCUGCUCGUGAUCGAGGGCAUGGGACGGGCCCUACACACGAACCUCAAUGCCCACUUCAGCUGCGAGACCCUGAAGCUGGCCGUGAUCAAGAAUCGGUGGCUGGCUAAGUAUCUGGGUGGCGACGAGAUGUUUGCCGUUAUCUGCAAAUACGAGGCGAUCAGCUAGUCGAGCGCCUUUGACUCCUUGUUAUGCUGCUGUUGUUGUUGGGAUCCUUGUGAGAGCCAUUGUUUAAUUUUGGAAACUAUUGUUAUUGUUUAAUCAAAUCAAAUCUAAGGCAGAGCCAUCGCCAUCGCCAUCCCUACCAGGAUUCAUCCCCCUCCCCAUUGAGAUUCAUAUCUUUAGUUUUGUGUAUUGUGUAUUUAAAUUAUCGUGUAUUUAGUGCUUUCGUGGUCACGUUGCCGAAUUUCAAGCCUACAUCUCUAUUCUAUACAUAAAUACAUAUAUCUGCUCCGCAUUUUAAUAAUUACAAUUAUAAAUAACAAAGGCUUUUGUUUAUCGAGGCUGUCACGGCACCCAUUAUUUAUUAUCGGUCAUGGCUAUAUACCGCCACAGCCCUCCGAUAAGCCCCAACCAUUUGUGGAUUAGCCACUGAUAAGGCAGCGGAGUCAGCGGCAUUUCGUCAAGCCACAGACACUAGGGCCCAUCCAGACAACUAUUUGUUUGAACGUGAUAAACACAGACCCAGAUCAUUCCCAGUGCCUUUUUUUCGUCCACAAUUUCGUUCGCACUCGUGUGUGGUGUGUGCCAAUUCGCACGGUCACUCAUCAGUCACUUAUCACUCGAUUCGUAGUCAAAAACAACAGCGAAGAAGACGGCCCAUACACAAAAGCCCGAUAAGCAACAACAGAUAAGAUCUUCGAAUGCGACUACGAGACCAGGAAAUUGCCGCCCCCAACAGAACUCGAAAUGCGGAAACCUUUAAGCUCUGGCUGCAGAUACAUACGUGUUUGUGUGUGGUAUCUUCAAGCUAGACUCGAGAAUAUUAUGGGACAAUUCCAAAAUGCAUCAAGGCUAUGCAGUUUUGCUGCGCCAACGUUUAUAUCUCCUUCAUAUGCUAAAAAUUCUUCUCUGCGAACAAUCAUAUAUGUUCCUAUUGCCGUUUUUAAGCCAUCGAAAGAAAGUUUUGCAUCUUGGGAAAGUUCUUUACUUUAAUGCUUAUAACCUCUGCUAUAUGAUAAGCAAUAUUUGUCAUUAAUUUGGAAAUAUCCACCAAACAAAAGAAACAAGCUGUUCUCACAAAAGACUUGCCCCCCAAUCAUUUGAUGAACCAGCUAUAAAUAAGUAUGUAUUCUCGUAUAGAUCUGGUUACAUUAGAAAAAAACAUCAAAAUAUUAUCUUAUAAACUUAACAUGUAGCACUUUGAAAACAAUAUACAAACUGAAAUCAAAAUUUAAGCAGUUCGUUCUUGCGUUGGCGGUGAUAAAAGUGCAGUUCAAAUUUGCGCGCCAAACAACUU